AUGACUUAUGCCAAUACUAGGCCAGCGCCUCCUCCAGUCGAUGGCUAUAUCAUGCAAGCCCCAACCUCAGAUCGCGAAACAGCAGCGUUACUCAUGUCACCAGAUCUUCUCUCCACUAGUCUACAAUACGCCCAAGAUCUCAUUGCUAAAGGCGAGGAGAAGACCAUCAUGCCCACGUUCUUCAUCCCAGCUAUCAUCACCUCGCCCAUCACAGCAUAUCGCUGGCACUCCCUCAUCUCCAUAGGUGGCGACGACGACUUCUUUUCGUCUGAUCUACCGACUUCGGCUCUUCGAUCUACAUUCGGUAAACUGGACAACCCAACCUUGAUUUUGAUGUCCGAAAAGGAUGAGAUGGUUCCGCCUACAGUGGACACUGAAGCGUUACUAAAGAGAUGGGUCGAAGCGAUUUCAGAGGGUCUAGCGAGUGAGAGAUGUCAGAUCAUCCCAUCUGGCGAUCAUGAGCUCAGUGAGGAAGAGCCAGCUAGACAUUUCGUACAGCUGGUUGUCGAAUUCUUAAAGGAAGUCGAAGCGAAAUCACUUGUAGCGCUCUCAGAACAGUAA